GAGAGGCACAGGGGAAGGGGAGCCAGAGGAUAACAGAACAGUCACAGUCUGAGUGUGUGUGUGUGUGUGUGUGUGUGUAAAACACACCUCUUCAGGCGCCCCGACAAGUUCGGGCUGCAGUGACAGAUCGGCGCGGCGGGAGCGGAGCGACGAAACACACGCGCGUUCCUUCGGGACGGAGAUCAGCCCCCCACGCACACGCACACGCACACGCACACGGCGAAAGAGCAGCGACGGAGGAAGGACCUAGAAAAGCAAGGGCCCCCUUUCGUUCCUCAUCUGGCAGGUUACCUGUCAGCCUGAGAAAGGCGCUGGACUAUGAGAGGGGGGCAGCAACAAGGCAAAGGCUGUGAAGAUGCGGAGCUGUGUGUUCCUGCUGACCGUGCUGCUCUCUUCGCUGCCCCACGUCUCAGCACAAGGUACCACAUCACAAGGGCGCUGUAAUAAUGUGCUGGCCGCAGACAUCGUGUUCCUGGUGGAUGGCUCCUCCAGCAUCGGCAGGACCAACUUUGUGCAGGUGAAGAGUUUCAUCGCGGGCAUCGUGAAGGCCUUCGCCGAAGCCGUGAGCCCCACCGCAGUCCGAUUUGGCACCGUGCAGUACAGCGACACGUCCAGAGUGGAGUUCACAUUCGGCACCUACCGGAACGGCACCGAGUUGAUCAACGCUGUAGAAAAUAUCAACUACAAGGGAGGCAACACGCUCACCGGCGCCGGACUCAAGUUCGUGGCGGACAACUUCUUCAGCCCCUCGGCCACGCGCGACGUGCCCAAGAUCACCGUCCUGAUUACCGACGGCAAGUCGCAGGACAGCGUGAGGGAGCCAGCGCAGAAGCUCCGCAGCCUGGGGGUCAACAUGUUCGCUGUGGGCGUAAAGAACGCAGACCGAGCCGAGCUCAAGGUGGUUGCUUCCCAGCCGGAGAGCGACUACUCCUUCUUUGUGGGUGACUUCAAGAUCCUCGGGACGUUGCUGCCACUGGUGGCCCCCCGCGUGUGCGCCAGCUCGGGGGGCGUCUACGCCGGCGAUGAGACAUUCUCGGGUCCCGCUAACCUGCAGUUCUCGGGGGAGACCUUCGACACGCUGAGGUUCCGCUGGACGGCGGCGGGAGGUCCCGUGAACGGCUACAUCGUGCAGUACACGCCCCUUUCUGCACUUGGACAGCCGAUCGUGACCGAGCUGCGGCAGGAAACGGUAGGACCAGGGCAGAGGAGUUACGUUGCACGGGACCUGAAGUCUGGCACUGACUACCUGGUGACGGUCAUCGCUCAGUACCCGAACGCUGUUGGGGAGUCGGUCUCCGGCAAGUCUAGGACCAAGCCUCUUCCCAGCGUUAUGAAGCUGCGGCUGGUCCAGGCGGGAUUCUUCUCCCUUUCCAUCGCGUGGGACGCACCAUCCACGCCGGUCCAGGGCUACAGGAUCUCCUACGGACCCCGAGGUCGUCCGGCUACUGAGCUCGUGGAGCGGUCUUUGGCCGGGGACUCCGCUUCCGUCACCCUAGACGGCCUGCUGCCGAACACGGAGUACGUCUUCAACCUGUACCCGCUCUUCCCCCGCAACUCCGGUGCACCGGCCACACUGACCACACGCACGUUGCGUCUCCCGGCUGUGCAGCAGCUAUCGGUGCAGACCUUGUCUGAGAGCAGCGUCCGCGUGCAGUGGAAAGGCGUCGAGGGAGCCGGGGCCUACCGCCUGAUCUGGGGACCCUUCACAGGUCGUGAGGUGGAAAGUGCGGAAGUGCCUGGGAACAGAGACUCUUACACCCUGUCGAACCUGCAGCCGGACACAGAGUACCUCAUCACCGUCAUUGCUCUGUAUGAGAGCACGGAAGGGCCGGCCGCCACCGCCAGGUUCAAGAUAGAAUCUGUGGAGCAGCAGGUUCUGCAGGCGACAACAACUGGGCCCACUUCGAUCCUCCUUACCUGGAACCUGAUUCAGUCCGCGCAGGGGUACCGUCUCGAGUGGAGGCAGGGAGAAGGGGGCAGAGUGCAGACGCAGUCCUUAUCCAGGAGUACCAGCAGCUACGAGCUGACGGGACUGCAACCGCGCACCGAGUACUUGAUCACCCUGUACACCUUGUAUGAAGGGCGUGAGGAGGCCACCCCCGUGUCCACUUCCUCGACAGUGAAACAGCCCAUAGGCCCGGUAUCCAAUUUGCGUGUGCUUGAGACGCUGGGCAACACCAUCCGACUGGGUUGGACGGGCGUCGCUGGGGCGAGCCGGUAUCAAGUCCUCAUUCUCAACACCGAGGCUGGCACCGAGGAAACCCGAAGCAUCCCUGGCAACGAGACCACUCUUGACCUGCAGAACCUCGCAGAAGGCAUUUCGUACAUUGUCACUGUGACUGCAGUGGUCGGGAACGCUGAGGGCGACCCGGUAUCUGUCACGAUCAGAGCAGAACAACAGGCAGUGGGCAAAGUAACCAACCUGCGGGUCAUGAAUGCCAACAGCCGGCGGAUAAGGAUCGCCUGGGAAGGGGUGCCCGGUGCCACAGGGUACAGGGUUUCCUGGAGACAAGGCGCCGCUGCCGAGCAAAUCCGCGUCUUGGCACCUGACUCCACCUCUUUCACCCUGGAGGGGCUGCAGCCGGAUGAGGCAGUCAUAGUGGGCGUCGCUCCUCUGGUUGGCCAGCGUGUAGGCGAGGUCGUGUCGCUCUCCGCCAGGACCAGCGCCGUCUUGAGUGCCGUCACGGGGCUGCGGGUGCUGGACAGCUCUGCGCGCAGGAUACGCGUUGCGUGGGCCCCGGUUUCUAGAGCAACAGGCUACAAGAUCACAUGGCGUCGGAGUGACGGGGUGGAGGCUUCUCAGACGGUAUCGCAGGACGUCACGUCCUUCACCAUCGAUGGGCUCCAGGAGGACACUGGCUACCGAGUGUUGGUCUCCCCGCUGAGCGGUUCCCGGGAGGGAAGCGUCGCGGUCCUCGACACCAGAACAGGCUUUGAGCAGGUCGUCAUCGGGAGGGUGACAGAACUGCAGGUGCAAGAGCCGCGCGGGGAGGUGGUCAGGGUGACGUGGGUCGGAGUUCAAGGUGCCACUGCCUACAGGGUCAUUUGGAAACGCACCGACGGGGGUCCGGAGCAGAGCCAGCUGGUACCAGGAGAUGUCACAGAGGUGACUCUGGACAAACUGGUCCGGGGCGUGCAGUACGAAGUGCAGGUCAUGGCCGUGGUCCGGGAUCGGGAGGGAUCUCCCGUCACCAUCAGGGUGACUACCCCUGGAGAACCUCCGGCGGUGGACAGACUGGAGGGCCUGCGGGUGCUGGAGGCCACGCCUGCGAUGCUGCGUCUGUCCUGGAGGAGGGUGCCUGGAGUGUCGGGGUACCGCAUCUACUGGAGAUCAUCGCAGGAUGAGGUGGAGUCGAGCCGUGUGAUUCGAGGGGACCUCACCUCGUACGACCUUGACGGGCUGCAGCCUGGCCAGCGCUACGUAGUGCGUCUGGCUCCUGUCUCGCAGGGCCAAGAGGGCGAGGCGUUCGUGAUCACAGCCAACACAGCUCUCAUACAGCCUGUCGGGGGGCUGCGUGUCACAGACGUCACCCAGAAUUCAGUGCUGCUGACCUGGGUCCCUUUGGCCGGUGCCUCAGGAUACGUCCUGCGCUGGAGAGAGGGCCAAGAUCGAGGGGAGGGACAGUCGGUCACCCUCCUAGGCUCCUCCAGCUCAUACCGGGUGACAGGGCUCCACCUGAGCCGACCCUACGGCUUCUUCAUCCGGCCUGUCUUCGGCACAGAACUGGGGCCGGAGACCUCGAUCCAGGAUCGCACAGUGUGCGUGGACGGUCGCCUGGAUUUAGUCUUCGUGGUUCCAGCCUCCCGUGACCGAGCUGCCCUGGCAGAGUCCAUAACCUCUCUCCUCAGCAGCGCUGCCAGGUCACUGGCCUCCAUCGGAGCCAGCGACUCCCAGGUGGGAGUGGUUGUGUACAGCUCUCGACCCAAGGUGUGGUUCCUGCUCAACCGGCACAACAACGUCGAGACCCUGCUGCAGGAGAUCUUGUCCACCCCAUUUAACGACGAGCCGGGAAACGCCAUCGGUGAGGCAGUGACUUUCACCAGGCAGUUUGUGUUCUCCACCUCCGCUGGCCGUAGACUCGGGGUCCCCGGCGCCCUGGUCAUCGUCGCUGACUCUAAGUCUACCGAUGACCUCACCGGACCUGCCGCUGCCCUCCGAGCCUCAGGGGUGACGGUGCUGGCUGUAGGGAUUGGUCGCGCGGACACAGAGGAACUGCGACGCGCCGUCACUGACGGCAGCGCUCGGAACCUCCUCUACGCCCAGAACCAGGCCCAGCUGGGCCAGCUGCACUCGGACCUUAGCGAUCGGCUUUGUGCGCUGGCGAGGGGUGUCAAUGGGGAGCAGAGACCAGAGCAGUGUACCAUCCAGUGUUCCCAGUUCAAGGGGGAUAAGGGCGAGCGAGGCGAAAAGGGGGAGAGAGGCAGGGACGGCGCCGAUGGCCGCAAAGGGGAAUCUGGCCGAGAUGGACUCCCUGGGAGGGAGGGGCCCCGGGGCCCUCAGGGUCCUCCCGGGACCCCUGGCACCAGCGUGGGGCCCGCUGUUCCUGGGGAGAAGGGUGACAGGGGUUUCCCGGGCCUGGACGGCAGGCCUGGUCUGCCAGGUCGCACAGGAGCCCCGGGCCCCGCAGGUGUUCCGGGAGCCCAGGGCCUUCCGGGUGUCCGAGGAGAUUCGGGAGAGCCGGGUGUUCCUGGACCACCUGGGUCGAAUGGGGAGAAGGGCGAAAGGGGUGAGCCGGGAUCAGCUAUAGGCCCAGGUUUUCCAGGACGGAAGGGUGAGCCGGGCAUCCCAGGAAUACCGGGCACACCUGGACGCCCAGGGCUCGAUGGAAGCAAAGGAAGUCCAGGACUACUAGGGCCUCCGGGACAGGAUGGCCAGCCUGGGAUACCAGGCACCCCUGGACUUUCCAUUAAGGGAGAGAAGGGCAACCCUGGCGAGAGGGGGCCUCCAGGGGUGGGCAGUGGAGUAGCAGUGAAAGGAGAAAAGGGAUCCCUGGGUCCACAAGGGCCACCAGGCAUCCAGGGGCCCCGUGGUUUAACAGGUCCUGCUGGCCCAAAAGGAGAGAAGGGGGAUACUGGAGAGGGACUACCAGGACCCCCAGGGAGAGCUGGAGAGCCUGGAGACAGGGGCCCACGUGGACCUCCUGGAGAACUGGGCAGCAAGGGUGACAGGGGGCAGCCAGGCGAGCCCGGCUCACAGGGGGAUAGGGGUGAGCGGGGACCAGCGGGCCCAGCAGGAGAGAGGGGGGAACCUGGGAAACCAGGCUCACCGGGAGCUCCAGGCCUCAGAGGUUUGCCAGGGGCCAACGGGUUGCCAGGGGAGAAGGGAAGCCAGGGAGCUCCAGGGGAACCCGGUAGAGGUCUGCAAGGACCACCUGGAACCAAGGGGGAGCGGGGUGAACGGGGUUUGCCAGGCCCUGAGGGGCCCAAAGGGUCAAAGGGUGACCCCGCAGAGAAAGGUGAAAAAGGGCAGCCAGGUUUUGGGGUCCCAGGUCAGCCUGGACCAAAGGGUGAACAGGGAGAAAGGGGGAAUGCUGGUUUAACUGGAAAACAAGGUAUAAAGGGAGGACAAGGUGAAGCUGGAGAGCCUGGAGAGACGGGAAGGCCAGGUCCCCCAGGACCAAUGGGGCCCAGAGGGAAAGAGGGUGAGAAAGGAGACAAGGGUGAUGAAGGCACUCCAGGUGAGUCUGGUCUACCUGGAAAGCCAGGAGAGAGAGGACUGCGGGGCCUAGCAGGCCAGCCGGGACGGCCGGGAGAGAAGGGUGACACGGGGGAUCCUGGAGAACAUGGCCGAAAUGGUAGCCCCGGACUCCAAGGAGCGCGGGGUGAGAAAGGAAGUCAGGGACCCCCAGGACCUGCUGGACCACCGGGGAAAGUGGAGGAUGUGGAGCGCCAGCUGAAGGGGGAACGUGGAGAAAAGGGUGAAGCCGGUGAUCCUGGGGAGAAUGGAGUGAAAGGACAGAAGGGAGAGUCAGGGCCCCAAGGGCCUGCUGGGCUACCAGGCUCUGAAGGACCGAGAGGACCUGCUGGACCCAGGGGUGAUGUAGGACUACGAGGAACCCCAGGGGAGAAGGGUGAGAGGGGUGCCUCUGGACUGGAUGGACGUAAUGGACUAGAUGGGAAACCAGGUGUCCCUGGGGCCUCGGGCUUACGGGGAGAUCAAGGCAAGCAAGGAGACCCAGGGAGGGAUGGGCUUCCGGGUCUGAGAGGAGAGCAGGGCCCCAUAGGACCAGUUGGUCCCCCAGGGAACCCUGGAAUAUCAGGAAAGCCUGGAGAAGAUGGAAAACCUGGUGUUCCAGGAAAACCGGGUGAAGACGGCACCCCUGGGGAAGAUGGCAGAAAGGGUGAAAAAGGGGAGGCCGGCAGUGCAGGAAGGGAUGGGCGGGAUGGACAGAAGGGAGACCGUGGAGAAGCUGGGCCAGCGGGACCUCUUGGCCCCCCUGGUCUUCCAGGGGCCCCCGGAAGUAUUGGUCCUCCAGGCCCGGUGGUGUAUGUGAAAGGAGCAGAGACAGUGCCUGUUACUGGUCCCCCGGGCCCUGCAGGGACUCCAGGAGUCCCCGGUAUCCCAGGAGAAGCAGGCUCCAAGGGAGAGAAAGGAGCAGUUGGGCCAAAGGGAGACAUUGGAGAUCCAGGAGAGGAUGGCAUGCCAGGCAGACCAGGAACACCAGUGGAUGUCAGAAAAGCUCUGGCUGACUAUGGGGUUGAGAUUGCAGCACUCAAGGUGGUUGUGGACCAGCAUGGAAGCGGUACAGGAUUUGUUCCUAAGAAGGGAGAGAAAGGAGGAAAGGGAGAUUCAGGCCCGCCGGGACCUCCAGGAUUAGAUGGGUCCCGCGGCUUGCCCGGUGAGAGAGGCUUCAAGGGUGAUCAGGGUGAACAAGGGCCAUCAGGACCCAUGGGACCUCCAGGGCGAGCCAUUGGAGAACGGGGCCCAGAAGGGCCUCCUGGACAGCCAGGAGAACCCGGGAAGCCUGGGAUACCUGGUGUUCCAGGGCGAGCAGGCGAACUGGGCGAAGCUGGAAGGCCUGGAGAGAAGGGAGAGAGAGGAGAGAAGGCGGAAAAGGGUGACCCAGGGAAAACUGGAUUGCCCGGAGCUGCUGGACCUCCUGGGCCCAAGGGUGACCCCGUAGAUGUGAACCUGACUGGGCUACCAGGACCGAGGGGGCUACCUGGACCCCCUGGCAUUAAAGGUGAACCUGGUGUGCCUGGGAUAGCUGGGUCCAAAGGAGACAGGGGUGCCUCGGGCUCCCAAGGGGACAAGGGAGACAGAGGUGAACCAGGCGAGAAGGGUAGAGAAGGAUUUCUGGGACCUCCUGGACAACCAGGAAAACCAGGACAAGACGGGAAGCCGGGUGUGCCGGGGCAGUCUGGUCCUCAAGGCCAACCAGGAAAUCCAGGGGAACCUGGAAUACGGGGACCUGCUGGCCCGAUAGGUGCUACUGGUCCACCUGGUCCUCCUGGUAUUAAGGGGAACCAGGGUGAACCUGGAGUGGGUGUCCAGGGACUUCCGGGUCCUCAGGGCAACAUGGGCUUGACAGGACCCCCGGGGCCUCCAGGAGCUGCAGGUCCGCAGGGGUCUCCAGGCUUGUCUGGUCAAGUGGGUGAGACAGGCAAGCCAGGGUUCCCUGGUAGAGAUGGGGUGCCAGGGAAAGAUGGAGCCCCUGGACUGUCUGGGAAACAGGGUGCUGCUGGUCCUAUGGGCCCCCCAGGGCUGAAGGGUGAGCAAGGAGACAGUGGUCCUCCAGGAAAGCCUCUUCCGGGACCCCCUGGUGCAAAAGGAGAGCCGGGAAGUCCUGGUCAGACGCUGCCAGGACCUGCUGGUGAGAGGGGUCUGCCCGGACUGCGGGGGGAAAAGGGAGACCGAGGACUUGCUGGCAUCAAAGGGGAAAGAGGAAUCCCAGGGGAGCCAGGAGAGCCGGGAGAGGAUGGGGCAACAGGACGGUCUGGGCCCAAAGGAGACAAAGGGGAGCCUGGUGUCGGUCUUUCUGGGCCGCGAGGUCAGCCAGGUCCGCAAGGGUUGAAGGGUGACACUGGAUCGCCAGGUCCCCCAGGUCCUCCCGGACCACAGGGUAUUGCAGGAACUCCAGGCCUUUCUGGACAGAGAGGAGAGAAUGGGCAGCCUGGUCCCCCAGGUCUCCUCGGUGUGAGGGGUCCCCAAGGAUUCCCAGGGAAGGAGGGAACCCCUGGAUCUGCAGGCUCUCCAGGACCUCCUGGGCCAACGGGUGCUGCUGGUGCUCAUGGAGUCAAGGGUGACAAGGGUGAGGUGGGAAUAGGCAUGCCUGGAUCAAGGGGAGAAAGGGGAGAUCCUGGCCCAAGGGGAGAGGAGGGUCGUGCUGGACUGGCUGGAGAAAGAGGACCAACAGGACCUCCGGGAAGUAGAGGAGAGAGGGGAGAGAAGGGUGAACUUGGAACCCCAGGUGCAAAAGGAGAGAAGGGUGAGACGUUACUGGUCAGCGGUCCACCAGGCGAGAAAGGAAACAAGGGCGAAAUGGGGGACAGGGCUCCCAAAGGGGCACAAGGAGAGAAGGGUGUGAAGGGACAGGAGGGUCCACCUGGAGAGCAGGGUCUGAGGGGAGAGCCAGGGGAGAGGGGCUCCAUGGGGUUCCAGGGGGCUCGCGGUCCCAGCGGACAGAAGGGAGAGCCAGGGCUGCCAGGGCUUCCCGGAGAGGCUGGUUUGCCAGGGAAAGAUGGUGUUCCAGGGCUGCGGGGUGAACGGGGAGAUGCUGGACUCGUCGGGCUUCGUGGAUCCAAGGGAGACAGGGGUCCCAAGGGAGCCUGUGGUGCCACUGGAGCCAAGGGGGAGAAGGGGAUCCCUGGUGUCCCUGGGCGACCGGGUUUACCGGGAAGGAAGGGAGAGCAGGGAGAGCUGGGUUCCACAGGAGCCCCAGGGGUCCCUGGAAAAGAAGGACUGAUUGGCCCUAAGGGCGACAGGGGCUUUGACGGAGUGAUGGGACCCAAAGGCACCCAGGGCGAGAAGGGUGAGAGGGGCCCUCCUGGUAUACCUGGCCCCCCUGGUCCUAUGGGUACAGAUGGAUCCCCGGGUCUAACAGGACCCCAAGGUCCAGCAGGUGCUAAAGGUCCUGAAGGACUGCAGGGCCAGAAGGGUGAACGCGGCCCACCUGGCCCUUCUAUGGUAGGACCUCAAGGUAUCCCGGGUAUCCCUGGAGAGAGGGGAGAGCAGGGGGAGGCUGGUCCAGAUGGUGCCAAAGGAGACAAGGGCGAGCCAGGCAUGACGGAAGACGAAAUCCGUACAUACGUCCGCUCUGAGAUGAGCCAGCACUGUGCAUGUGGUGGUCUUAUCCCAGACUUGCCAUCCCGCCCGCCGGUGCAGAAGGUUCAGGUACGACCUAUCCCUGAGUGGCAACUGUCCCGGCAGGGCGAGGAGGGACGGGAGCUGCGUGUGGUAGUGAACACCAAUGAUCCUGAUUAUGAACACAUCUACUCCAUUGCGAAAUAUGAUGGUCCCAUGGAGGAAGUCAAUGACUUCAUCCCAACAGCCAUACUCACAAAAGGUGAAGCCAGCACUGCUGAACCCCUUCAAGCUGCACGACUCUGGAAGGAGAUCUCAGGGGAAGCCCUAGCAUACCCCUGCCUAAUGCCACUAGAGGAGGGCAGUUGCUCACGUUACACACUGCGCUGGUACUUCAACGCCCAGGUGGAAUCUUGCCGACCCUUCAUCUACAGUGGAUGUGGGGGUAACCAAAACCGCUUCAAUACCCAGGAGGAGUGUGAGGAUGAAUGCCUGGGAGAGAGAACAGGUGCCGUGUCCUCCGAGAAAGGAAGAUGAUCCAUGCUGUGUCUUCUUCUCCAUUCAACUUCAAGAAAUUUUCAGGAAAUCACCGCGGAGUAUUUUAAGGCUGUUUAAAUAUUUUUAUUUAUAUAUGAACUUUGAAAAUGUUACAUUCCCAAUUUAGUAAUUUGGAAUCACCUGCAAUUGCCAGCUUUUCAUCAGAGCGGUUCAGUCAAGGUUAUUUAUUAGAUAACGUAGUAGACGUGUCCUUGAGUACUUGUUGUGCAGUAGGUCUUUGUACUGUAGGGAAAACCUCAAGUGCAAUAGAUAUUUUUAACCAAAGGUUUUUCUUGUUUGUACUUGAUGAUUUGGUGUUAAAUCCAAAUAAGCUGCCAAAGUUGGCAUGUUUUCAUGACAAAAUAUAGAAUUAUCAGAAAACUUAACAUGUUACUGUAGUAUCUGAUUGAACAUCUGUGUUAUGUGCAGGACAGUUACCUAUAGAGGUUAAAUUAUAUUGCAAUAAAGCAGCAGGACACCAGGUUUCAUUCACAAAGCUGUUAGCAUUCAGGGUUCCCUUCAGAGUUGUUUUCCCAUCAAACUGUGCCUAUCUGUGCUUUUUUAAAGGAUUAUUUUUGAAGAACCACUUUGAGGUUUUAAGCCUGGAUAGUUUAAGUUUAAACAUGGAGACAGCAUGUAAAACAAGUCCCAAGACUAGAGAAUUUAGGGCUUUCUGACCGGCAAAGUAAGAGACUCCCCCCGUUCCGUGAUGUUCGAUGAGUGUGUUGCAUGUCAGUGUUUCUGAUGAAAUUCCCUAGCAUCACUCAGCGUUCUCAGAGCCGAGGAGCAACAUUGUUAUGUCAUAGAUGCGAUGGGACAGCUGGUAGUGUAGUGGUUAGAGCUUGGAUCCGAAGGUCGCAGGUUCGAUCUCCAGCUGUAGUACCUUUGAGCAAGGUACUUUCCCUAAAAUUGCUCUAGUAAAAAUUGCCCAGCUCUAUAAAAGCGUAAAUAAUUGUAAUGACAUUGUAAGUUGCUUUGGAGAAAAGCGUCAGAUAAAUGUAAAUGUGAUGAUUGUCAGCUGAGUGCAUUUUCAGCAAGCCUAGCAAAGUCAAAAUAAUGUUUGUCUCUUAAUUUUUUCAUUUGAGUGUCUGUACAGUACAUCUUGUGUGUUUGUUAUAAUUAUUGUAAUGCAUGUUUAUCAGCAAAAGGUGCUAAUUUUUAUAUUUUUAAAUUUUUCAAAAAAUAUUUUAAAGUAUUUUUCAGACAAUAAACGUUCUUUGUCCAGUUUUAAGAAUAAACUACAAAUGUAUUAGUCACUGUUUCAUGUUAUGAGGGAAAUAAAUAAUGGCUUUUCGAAUGGUGCUGACCUGUUAUUCAGAUGAUUCAUGCAAGAAAAGGCGCUUUUAGUUGUACAUACAGUGUUCAAAUGGUUUCUGUGUUUCUUAUCAAGAGCUUAGAGCAGGAAACUUUCUACUUUAUAAAUGAAUUGCACAGCUGCUUUAGAGCUACGGUCUCUGAGGACCAAGAGACCUCAGCUACACAUCAUGAGUUUGAGAUGAAUGGCUGCUCAGGUGUGUGAGAAAUUAUAUGUCAACCAAAAAAUCAUACUUUUAGGGAAAACUUGGCUGUAGUACUGUCUCAUAGAUUAACAAUUAUUUUUAUUAAUCAAUUUAUAGUAAUUUCAAUA